AUGAAUCAUAUCUUUAAGUGUUUGAUUUCAAACUCUUCUAAAUCUACGAUAAUAGCACGCGUGCAGCCACAACUUGAACAAAUAGCAUCAACAACUAAACAUUUACCGUUACCAAUUGUAGUAGAGACAAAAGAUAAAGCAGAAUCAAAUAAAGAAAACAAGACUGAUUUAAAUGAAUCACCACCACCACCUACUACUCGAUGGACUGAAGAAGAAACGAAAAAAUUAAAAGAAGCCGUAAAAGUGUAUGGCCAAAUAUGGGCCUUUAUCUCGGAAAAUAUCUUCGAUUCCACCCGAACCCCAAAGCAAAUCGCCGCACGAUGGUGGCGACUCAAGAAACAAAAUUGUGCAAAGGAUCAAGAGAAAGAACUUGGUUUAUCCGACAAAGACUGGCACAUGAUUAAGAAAAUAAACCGUUCCACUUGGUCGACUGAGGACGAGAAGAAACUUUUAGAAGCGGUUGAAGAAUAUGGGCAACAAUGGAGCGUAAUUUCUAAAAAAGUAUUUGGUAUGACGCGUGAACCAGGCAGUAUACGAACAAAAUAUCUCUACUUGAUGAAAAAACAAGGAAUCCCGGACACUAUUAAUACACGACAUUUUUGGACUCAAAAAGAAGAUAAUUUGCUGUGUGAAGCCGUGAAGGAAAUAGGCACGGGGAGAUGGGUAAAAAUUGCGGAACGAAUUCCCGGAAUCUCAAAUCUCCAAGCACGGGUACGUUGGACUAUACUAAACCAUUCGAAGCGCGGACAAUGGACGCCCGAAGAAGAUCAGAAGCUUUUGGAGCUAUACAAAAAACAUAACGGAGGAUGGUCAAAGAUUUCCGAAGAAAUGAAAAGACCUGCAUCCGUAAUUCGAACACACUACGAAAUAUGUAUGAGACCCGGUCGCCAAGUUAGUUUUUGGUCUCAAGAGGAAAUCGAGACGAUAAAGCAAGGGGUAAAAGAAUAUGGAAACGAAUGGGAUUUGAUUAUGAAACGAUUACCUGGCAGAUCAAUGAUUUUGGCAAAACGUAUGCUACAAGAUUCGCCAAAGUUGAAUCCACAUGUUAACGUGGGAAAGUGGUCUCAAGCGGAGAUUGAGUUGUUGCAUGAGGGAUACAAAAAAUAUGGAAAUCAAUGGAUUAAAGUCGCAAAAUUAGUUAAUACACGAACGCCAAAACAGUGUUGGCGAUAUUGGACAGAGAAACGAUAUGACACGGAAGAAGAUAUAAAUAAUAAUAUGAAGCAUAAAUAUCAUGUUAAGCCUUUCUAUUGUUUGUCCGAAUCGUGGCUAUUAACAAAAAAUAAAGAUCGUCAAGAAAUUGAUCAUAUCGAACCAAUCAAACAAGAGAAUUUAAAAAUUAUUUAG